CACACCACAAACAGGUGAGGCAAAGGGAGGGUUUGCCUGUUUAGACACGUCCCACAGGGGGCGGCUACAACACAACACACACACACACACACUUGGACAUAGAAGGAUGAGUUGCUGUGUACACACGUUCUCCAAAGGUCACUGUGGAUCUCUCAGGUGUAAGAAUGGACGGCGUCCUGGAGUCGACGAUCGCUCUGUGUGGAUGCAAGUUGCUGUGCAGCUUUCUGUGUCUUCCUGCUUUUAAAGACUCCAUCUCCUCAGUCAGCCUGUGCUGCGUUAGCCUCUUACUCUUCACCGAUCUGUCCAUCACCAUGUUCCUGGUGUACCUCUGGUCCGCCGCACCCAGGCCGAUGUCUUUUCACCUGUCUUCCGACGUCAUCGCUCUGCGCUUCAUGCUGUUCCUUAGCGACACUUACGAGGCUGUGUUGAUGCUGACGCCGCUGCUGGUGGCUGUAGAACUGCUGGUGCGUCUCUUAUGGGGCGGAGAGACUGCGACGUCGACCGCGGACCAAAAGGAAUCUAAAGCGGACAUGUUUUUAAAGGAUGUUGAUGGAGAUUCCUGGGAGACCGGACAACAACAGAAAGAAGAGGCUCAGGAGAACAACACGGUGGUGUUAAGAGCUUUAGGUUUCCUUGGUUGCCUCAUGCUGUGGUUCAUAUGUGGGACGUAUGCCGGGGUUAGCUGGAGGCAAGAGCAGGUGAUGGUGAGAUCCUGCCUGGAAGGUGGCAGCUUGCUCUCGACGUGCCUCCCCUGCCUUCUCUCUGCUUCUUCACCAGUUAGCGGGCAUUUAUUUUGGGCUCUACCUGCCGCUGUUCUCUUGCUAGCAUUCACCGCAGUUGUGAGCUUAAUCGUAGCAAAGCUGACCCCUAGAAUUGUUCCACCAGAGCUGCUCGGAUGCGUAGAGAAACGAACGCAAACACAUGUGCCCACGCCCAAGUGGACGUCAAUUGCUGCUGCGUGCAUCUCAAACAAUUACAAUGUUGACUCAGAAAAGACAUGGAACAGCUGCACCAUUCACAGCUCGCAUAAUAAGAGGCAGCAGGCUCGCGGAAAGCCGGAGCCAUUAUCUUGGAGAAUAGAGCUGGCUGACGGCUGUAAAUUAAACAGUGAAAGCGUCACACUCGUCUUGCCAGCCCACGGCACGGCCCCACACCCUCACAAGCGCCGGGAAAGUCCUUGCUCGAGGGGAGAGCUGAUGAAGGGGCUGCUGUGUGGGCUGCUGGUGUGUGUCUUUCCUACAGUUCUCAGCACCAACAUACUGCUCGUCAGCAACCUGGACACACUGGCUGUGUACGUUGUGAAACAUCUGCUCACUCCGCUGCGAGCUAAAUGACAGGUUAAGACAGAUGCGUGUUCCCACAGCUCACCUCAUGCCGAACAUUCCAAGGUUAUAGAAUUGCAAAAUCUGGAUGUUAGGUUUUUUUUUUUUUUAGCACAUAAUCUUCAGUUUUUGGUUUAUCCCGGUUAGGGUCAGUGUGGAAAUCCUGCACACACUCACCAGAUAUACAGAUGUGUACAUGAAGGAAACCGGAGAAUACGGUGGAAACUGACUUGGAGAACUGUUACGUCUUGUGGUGGUCCCAUCAGACAGCCUGUCCAACACACACACACACACACUUACAGCUAGAGGAAAUUCAGAAGCUUAAUUCAUUUACCAGCAUGUUUUUGGAGGAAAGGAAACCCCAAAACCCUGGAGGAAACCCAUAAGGCGAGGGGAAGAACAUGCGCAAAACCUCCUCACAGAAAAGGACACUGUGCACACAGGCUUUUGGACAUUGUAUCUGGUGAUGGUUAAGAUAUUGUCUCAUGAAUGAUGAAUAAAUGAUGUUAGCAA